CAAAGCUCAUUUCUGCCAUAGAGAACUAUAUUUCUAUCCCUUUCAGCACAGUCACUAUCUUCUCCUGUGACCUGCCAGUCAUGAAGUUUCUUAUCCUGUUUCUUGCCAUCUUUCUGAUCAAAGAGCCAAUGAUACCAGAACCAACAUGUUGGAUGGAUGGAAAAUGCCGGUUGGUGUGCAAAAAUGAUGAAGACACUGUUGUACGCUGCCUAAACCGCAAACGUUGCUGUGUCCCCAGCCGUUAUUUAACAAUUCAACCAGUAACAAUUGACAGUGAACCUCGCUGGACCCUCCCUUUGACAUUCAGACCAGUGAGAAAGAAGAACAAGCCUGCCAAAAGAGAGAACAAGAAUAUAAAUCACGGGUAGGAUAGCAUGGGAAGUGACUCAGUAGUAAAGCACAUGCUUUACUAUUGCCUGAGGCCCUGGGUUCAUCCUUCAGUACUGCAUUAAAAAAAAUCAUGGAGAGAAAUAGCUUUGUUUCAGGUUCCUUUAUUCUCACACUUCAUUAAAAUGCAUAAAUCUC